CGAGCUGCAUAAUUUCGAAAAAUUCGAGCUGAGCGCAAUAACUCAACGCAAAAACAACGGUAUCGUUUAACAUUUAGCGUUAGUUACCAACCGCAGACUUGGAGUACUACGCGCCCACUUUUAAGGCUACCAGCGCCGAUCAAAUCGUGAAAUUACGUAAGAGUCAUCGAAAAAAUGGCGAGAAGAUAUCAAGUAGUACAGUUGGUAAUUGCGCUGCUGCUAGCCGUCGGCCUGCAAACGACCAUGGCGCAAGUACCACAGCACAACCCAGCAAUGCUACCGUCCCAACGGGGCUUGGCACAUUUGCUAUUCACCUCGCGAAUUUCGGCGCUGAAUCCGCAAGUGUCGGUGGCGUGUUUCACCGAUUACAUAGCUCAUUCAAAUGCCAUCAGCGAAGCAUACGGCCAGGACUACAAAGGCUGCCUUCUCGAAGCGAGCGAGGAACGCAAACACAUUGAUGAGAGCUCGGCGGUGGAAAGACGCGAAAUAGUAGAUGCUUCCGAGGCGGUUUGCGCUAGUUUACGUGCCUGUAAUAAGCUCAACACCACAUUGGAGCUGUUCAACUGUCACACGAAAAUUGGCACCGAAAACACCAAGUCUUCCUACAGCCUCUCGGGCAAUGCCUCUGAAUUCGCGACCAUCUUGCAGGAACGUUAUCGCCUCGUCGACUUACAUCACCAGCAGUGCGGUCAACGUGCAGAACGCAGAUAUGUAACGGAUACAGCCGGGAACUAUAACUACCUGCAAGGUUGUCUGGAUGGUCGUCUACAACCACGUCUGCAUUUGACGACCCCGUCCACGGUGGCUGCAACAAGUUCUACCACCACAACAACAACCGAAGCGCCACCACCGCCAUCGUCCACAACAACCACGACACCACCACCAACGGUUGUUUACGAUGAACUGACCACCACGCAACAAACACAAAAUAUACAAGACCAAGUUGCGCAGAUUUUAAACUUGUUAAACUGACCGCCGGCAGGAUCAAACGGUUCUUCGGGGGUUAAGCACUAAGUAGUCGUGCAAUACGACAGAGAAGCCGUUUGGGGGCAGGGAGGCGAGCGAAUGUGCGUAAAUUAUUGUCAAUAAAGGGUGUAAAUGUUAGGUAUAAAAAAUAUAAAAGUAAAUAAACUCUUUACAAGCGAAAUGGAAAUUUGGUGUAUUUUUUC